CGGAAGCAAAACGGGGGCGGGCCUUCCUGCCGGAAGUGGUCGCUAGGCAGUUGUUUCGGUAGGAGAUUGUAGGAGAUGUUUCAGCAGCCUAGUUGGUAGGCGAUGUACGAAUAGUGUGAGACAAGGAACCGAAGCCAGGGUCGGAUGUCCCUUUUAAGGCAGUUUGGAUUUGGGGCUGCGCUGCUGUGGUGCAGUCAGACCAUGGGCUCGGCCACGCACUGGGGAGAGUGGUUCCUGAACCUGCGGGUGUCCCCCUCCGGGGUAUUUGGUGUGGCCUUCCUUGCCCGAGUGGCCCUGAUUUUCUAUGGGGUCUUCCAGGACCGGACCCUGCUCGUGAAGUACACAGACAUCGACUACCAGGUCUUCACGGACGCCGCGCGCUUCGUGACGGAAGGGCACUCCCCUUACCUGAGGGCGACCUACCGUUACACACCGCUGCUGGGGUGGCUUCUCACUCCCAACAUCUAUGUUAGUGAACUCUUUGGAAAGUUUCUCUUCAUCAGCUUCGACCUCCUCACCGCCUUCCUCUUAUACCGCCUGCUGCUGCUUAAGGGGCUGGGCCAACGUCAGGCUUGCGGUUACUGUGUCUUUUGGCUUCUUAACCCUCUACCUAUGGCGGUGUCCAGCCGAGGCAAUGCGGACUCGAUCGUCGCCUCCCUGGUGCUUAUGGCCUUGUACCUAAUAGAAAAAAAAUUCGUCGCGCGUGCCGCUGUAUUCUAUGGUUUCGCAGUGCAUUUGAAGAUGUAUCCGGUGACCUAUAUCCUUCCUAUAGCCCUCCACUUACUCCCGGAACGAGACCGUGAAGAAGACCUCCGUCAAUCCCGGUAUUCUUUCCACGCUCGCUUGUUCGAAUUCCUGAAGAGGCUGUGUAAUCGGGCUGUGCUGCUCUUCGCAGCGGUUGCUGGACUUACAUUUUUUGCCCUGAGCUUCGGUUUUUACUACAAAUAUGGUUGGGAGUUUUUGGAGCACACCUACCUGUAUCACCUGACCAGACGGGAUAUCCGCCACAACUUCUCUCCAUACUUCUACAUGCUAUAUUUGACUGCAGAGAGCAAGUGGAGUUUUCCCCUGGGAAUUGCUGCAUUCCUGCCACAGUUAAUCUUGCUUUUAGCAGUGUCUUUCGCGUAUUACAGAGACCUUGUCUUUUGUUGUUUUCUACAUACGUCCAUUUUUGUGACAUUUAACAAAGUCUGCACCUCCCAGUACUUUCUUUGGUACCUCUGCCUAUUGCCCCUUGUGAUGCCACUAGUGAGGAUGUCUUGGAGAAGAGCUGUGGUCCUUCUAAUGUUAUGGUUCAUAGGGCAGGCCUUAUGGCUGGCUCCUGCUUAUGUUCUAGAGUUUCAAGGAAAGAACACCUUUGUUUUCAUCUGGUUAGCUGGUUUGUUCUUCCUCCUUAUCAACUGUUAUAUUCUAAUUCAAAUUAUUUCCCAUUACCAGAAGAAACCCUGGGCAGACACAACCAAAUAUGACUGAUAGAGAUGCUCCAGUUCUUAUGCGACUUGGAUCUAUUAUAUUCUGAUUGUUCUGAAUGGACCAGAGAGAGCUUUUGAGAAAGAAAAAAACAAAAACAAAAAAACCCAAAAAACAUUUGAGCAUUCUAAGCCCUCUAGUGAAAGUUCAGUGAGGAGUAUAAAAUACUAUUCCAACAAAUUUAAAUGAAUGUUUGCCUUAGCUAUAAAAGGGACUCAAUUGAGGUCCACUUUUUAGGAGAUCUCAGGGCUCAUUUAUCUGGAACAUGAUGGGAAGGAAAAGCUACUAGUUUGGAAAUGGAAAGGCUGAUGAAAUUAUCAGAUGGUCAAGGGUUUUUUGUAGAAAAUUUAUCUGGAACAUGAUGGGAAGGAAAAGCUACUAGUUUGGAAAUGGAAAGGCUGAUGAAAUUAUCAGAUGGUCAAGGUUUUUUUGUAGAAAAAUAGAGGAAUAUACUCAAAUCUAAGCCAGUAUUUGUUUCAUUAUACUCUGGUGCUGUCUGAAGCUGUCUUGUCUUUUAACCCCCACUUUUUCUUUCUAAAGCUUUCCUGAUAACUUAUAAAAUGUUCCUAAAGUACAGCUUUUAGCUAUAAAGUGUUAAAUAGUAUAACUUGCUUAAGUUGGGGAAAGUUAUUUUUUAUUAAAAGUGGGGGCUUGAAAGAUAAAGAAUCCAAAUAAUUUAAAUUGUAAUCAUGUUUCAUAUGUUUGUUUUAUAACUUCAUUUUUCAGCACUUAGUCCCAGUGGUAUUAGACUACUGUUUAGUUUUACGCAAAAAGGAUUAAAUUGAAACUCGUCCGUCUUUAAGCUUUUUAACAUAUUUUAAAAUGGGAUCUUGCUUUUGAUGUUUGAGGUGACAGCCUAUUAGGACAUUUAGUACUCUAGUACUCUCUUAUCCCCCUUUGGAGGGUUCAUUCGUUUUGGCCAUGCCCACAGCAUGUGGAAGUUGCCAGGCCAGGGAUGGAACCUAGGCUACAGCAGUGACAAGGCUGAAUCCUUAACCACUAGGCCACCAUGGAACUCUUAACUCUUUGGUUUUAAUUUUCUGAUUGAUAGAAAGUAUUUUUUAUCUGGAGUUUAAGUUAAUCACGUGUAAUCUGUGUUGUAAAAUGAGUAUUAGUAGAUUUUAAGUGAUAAAAAAUUAAAUUGUUAGUGAAGUAUUUCCCAGCUUGUGAAAAUUCCAUAAUAGAAAUGGAAGCCUGCAUGAGAGCUUCCUGGAAAACACAAGAAUCAUCCGAAAAGCCAAGCCACAUGCCUCUUUGAUGUGGAAAUUGAGGAAGAGAUUGUGGAAAUGAGGCUUUAGUGGCCAUAUCCCUUUACUUUAUUACUAUGAUAUUUUUAGGAAAAAAAUGCUUUCUGAGUUUCAAACAAGCAACCUAAAAAACACUUAAAAAAAAAAAAAAGUAGCCCACUUAGUCUGGGGACUCCCUAACACUCUGAAAUGCAGUAGCAAUGUAUGAGUUUGAUUUUAUGGUUUUGAUUUUAAAAGAUGAGUAGUUAACAACUGUUCUUUCAUAGUUAAAAAAAAAAAAAAAAACUCCAGAGAAGUAAUAUAUUUCAUGUUAGUUCAGGCCUAAAAAGCCUCUGAGAAUAGGCUUAGACAGGCCCUAAAUAAGGAUGCUACUACUGAUAGCACGUCUUAGAUGGACAUCUUUUAGGGCCCACCAUUAGAAGGGAAGAAUGACUUUGUGUGGUUUGCUGUUUGGGUGAAAAUAGCAGAGACAAUUAAUUGUUGGGACAGUGACCUUUCUUAUAACAUCGAAGUCUCAUAUCCCGUAUUAAAUAUUAUCUUCGUAUGUGACUA